CAGCGAAAACACCAAGUCGAGUAUAAAUACGUUCCGUCUCUAACAACUCCCCUCAUUUUUUCCGUUCGCAGCUGCUCCGACACGGUACGAGCCAUGGCUAGAUCAGCUUCCGCUCGGCUCGGCUGGAUCUUCUUCUCGGUAGUGAUACUCUCGUCAGCAGCGAUCGCGGCUGCCGCUUGUGCGAGGAACGUGGGAGAGGAGAUAAGGAGGAAUCUGCUGGACAAUGGCCUCGGUCGCACUCCCCAGAUGGGAUGGAACAGCUGGAACCACUUCCAUUGCAACAUCGAAGAGAAACUCAUCAGAGAAACAGCGGAUGCGAUGGUGUCGACUGGACUUUCGGCAGUCGGAUACAAAUACAUAAACCUAGAUGAUUGCUGGGCUGAGUUAAACAGAGAUUCUCAGGGAAACUUAGUUCCAAAAGCUUCAACAUUCCCCUCAGGCAUAAAGGCCCUUGCUGAUUAUGUCCAUAGCAAAGGUCUCAAGCUCGGAAUCUACAGUGAUGCAGGGAGCCAAACUUGCAGCAAGACCAUGCCUGGGUCGCUUGGGUACGAAGAACAGGAUGCGAAGACCUUUGCCGCAUGGGAAAUUGACUACUUGAAAUAUGACAAUUGCAACAAUCCUGGUACAAGCCCAAAGGAGAGAUAUCCUGUAAUGAGCAAAGCUCUUCUUAACUCGGGGAGGUCCAUCUUCUUCUCUCUAUGUGAAUGGGGGCAAGAAGACCCGGCAACGUGGGCAACUGGUGUAGGAAAUAGUUGGAGAACAACAGGAGACAUUAGAGAUACUUGGGAGAGUAUGACGAGACUUGCCGAUUUGAACAACAAAUGGGCAUCCUAUGCGGGGCCUGGUGGAUGGAACGAUCCCGACAUGCUUGAAGUUGGAAAUGGCGGCAUGACGACAGAGGAAUACCGUUCGCAUUUCAGCAUCUGGGCCUUAGUUAAGGCUCCUCUGUUGAUAGGAUGCGAUAUUCGAUCAAUGGACAAUGUCACUUUGGGAUUGCUUAACAACAAGGAGGUCAUUGCAGUUAAUCAAGAUAAACUUGGAGUUCAAGGGAAGAAGGUUAAACAGGAUGGGGAUUUAGAGGUCUGGGCAGGCCCUGUUGAAGGUGGUAGGGUAGCUGUAGUCCUUUGGAACAGAGGAUCUUCACAGGCAUCCAUCACCGCCACGUGGUCAGACGUGGGCCUUUCAUCUACGGCUGUAGUUGAAGCUCGAGAUCUAUGGGCGCAUUCUACGACACAGUCUGUUCGUGAGCAGAUCACUGCUACAGUCGACUCUCAUGCUUGCAAGAUGUACGUGCUAACACCACAGUAGGAGGCCUGCGCCACAAAGACGCAAGAAGGCUUGGCACAGGUGAAGAUGGGAUAGAUGCUAUGAUUAAUCAAUAUAUAUGUUUAUGUAAGGUGGGUUCAAUUGGAAAAAUAAAAAUAAAAAAAUGGGACUUGUCUGUUUUCUUUCCUUAACAUAAAAGGAAUAUGGUAUUUGGAGCCAAUGGCUGA